AUGUUCUCGCGAUACUCGAAGAAAGAGACCGCGAGCCAGGUCGAACUGAGCAAGAGCUUUGAAGCCUCUCCUUCUGCUCAGACCAAGGAUUCGAAACCAGCAAUGCGUCAAAAGACCCUGAUGUCGUUUUUCAAGAAAGACACGAGGGUCGUCCGGACCACAGAACAAGAACCUCGCUCACCGUAUCCGAAAGAGAUCCGAAGAGGCCGACUUGGUCGGUCAAAACCUAUCUUUAAGGCGCAGGGAUCCUUUGAUGAAGAAGACCCACACUCUGAAAUCCAGAGACUUAUGCAAGGAACGCCUUUGAAAAACUUCAAAAGUCUAUCCAGAAGCAGUUCGUCGCUAGACGAAAAACCGGUGUCACACCAGCCUAGCAAUGUAACAAGCAGCUUUAAUGAAGUUAGAACCGAGGACUUGGAGCAAGAUUUCGGCUCAGGUUCCAUUUUGACCUCUACGCCAGCGCCUAGAUCUGCCAAGCGACCUGCCGUUUCGCAAUUUUCGUUUUCUCUGACCAAGAGAGUGCGGCCCAUACGUACAGCAGGUAAUCCGCCAUCGGGCUCCAAAGCCCUCGCAUCUGACUCAAAAGGUUUUGAAUUAACAUCUGAACAAAAAGCCGUCAUAGAUAUGAUCGUGUGGAAGCGACAAAACGUUUUUUACACCGGGUCCGCAGGAACUGGGAAAUCGGUCGUCCUUAGGGAGCUUAUACGACAACUGAAGUCUCGCUACGGAGAUGCCGGUGUGGCUGUGACCGCCUCCACGGGACUUGCUGCCGUCAGCAUAGGUGGUAUCACCAUCAAUCGAUUUUCUGGGAUCGGAAUCGGCGUCGGGUCGGUUCAGAAGCUGGCGGCACAGGUACAACGCAACAAGACGAACAGUGAAAGAUGGAAGAGGACUGCUGUCCUAAUUGUAGACGAAGUGUCGAUGAUUGACGGUACUUUUCUUGACAAAAUGGAUUUUGUCGCUCGCCAUGUCCGCAAAGUGCCGCAUAGACCUUUCGGCGGCAUUCAAUUAGUCUUCACAGGAGACUUUUUCCAACUCCCGCCAGUAGGAGAAAGAGGCCCUUCCGCGUCUAAACCGCCAUUUUGUUUCGAAAGCAAAGUGUGGAAAGCAGCAUUUGAAAAGACGAUUUGUCUAACCAAUGUGUUUCGACAGAAAGAUCAAGAGCUGGUCGAUCUUUUAAACAACAUUAGAUUUGGAACCGUGACCCCUGAAAUAGCAAGGGCAGUCAGACAAUAUGAGCGAGAAGUAGAGUACGAGGACGGUAUCAUGCCAACAGAGCUUUAUCCGACAAGAAGAGAAGUCGAAAUGUCGAACCGGAGAAUGUUGGAAAGGCUUCCAGGUGAGUCAAAAGUAUUUGAAGCUAGUGAUCAGGCUACAAGUGACAACCCACAAUUGCUCAAGAAUUUGGAAGCUCUGAUGGCAGAAAAACGGGUAGUCUUAAAGGAAGAAGCGCAAGUCAUGAUGAUCAAAAAUGUAGACGAAAGUUUGGUAAAUGGGUCGGUAGGUAAAGUACUUUAUUUCACUACCGAACUCUUGCACCAUAAGUCACUGGAACUGUACCCCGCGACACGAAUCGGCGAUCCGGAUCUGGUUUUCGAUAUGAGGCUUGUAUGUCGGUGCAUUGGACUCUCUGCCGCAGUUUAUACGGACGAAUUGAGGGCCGAAAUCAAUGCACGACCAUCUCAGCGGCAGGAAUACCUAAAUUUACUUUUGCGAGUAGCAGAACGCGAAGAGCCAAAAAUGGCAUUUCCAAUGGUCAGGUUCUCAACCCCUUUCAACGGGUUCCGCUACGAACUCAUACUGCCGACCGAUUUUACCAUUGACGUACCGGGUCAGAAUUCUAGUGUCAGCAGAACGCAGUUGCCCUUGAUCCUCUGUUGGGCGUUAUCCAUUCACAAGGCCCAGGGGCAAACUGUCGAUCGUCUGAAAGUCGAUCUUGCCAAAAUUUUCGAGGAAGGUCAAGUCUACGUCGCACUUUCGAGAGCUGUCUCAAAGCAAAGAUUGCAAAUCGUGAACUUCAACCCGCGCGCCAUAAAGGCUAACGAGAAAGUCAAAGAAUUCUACAAGACGUUGGAAAAAAUAGAACAAUAG